GGCGUCACGUGAGCCCGAGUCUUGUGACUGGCCUGCGAGGAGCGAAGCACAUUGCCGCGGCUGGCGCGCCGUGCAGCUCCGGAGUUGCGCGGUGGGUGCGUUCCUGGCGCGGGUGGGCGCGCUGUCGGGCCGGAUCCGUCCAUGCCCAGGGGGCGAAAAAGGCGGCUUGCUGCUGCUGCUGCUGGAGCUGCCGGCUGGGCGGCGUAGCGGGGCGAGGCUGCCUCCCCUUUCCCGCCCUUCCUCUCCACCCUCCGGGCACCGAGCCUGCGUGCGCUCUCCGCCUCUCUCGGGCUCGGAGAGUUGCGCGCCCCUCCGCGCUCUCCCGCCUGCCUUGCGGGCUUCUCCUCGCGGCUGAUCCCCCGGCGGGGGCGGCCAGGAGCAGCCUCCUCCUCCUCCGCCCUCCCCUUGGAGGAUCAUGGACAGCAAACCCCUCCUCCAGGAUAGACCCCCGGCUUACAGCCCCGCUAGCCAAGCGGGCGCCGGCUACGAGUACGGGGGGCCGAACAGCUACGGAGCCAUCCCGGCGCCCCAGCACGGUUUCCAGCCGCCGCCGCCCUACACGUACCCCACCGGUCCUGGAGCUGGAUAUGUUGUGCCUUCGGGUCCACCGGCGCAUAACUACCCCAACACCACGUACACGAUAAUCCAGCAACCUCCCACCACGUCCGUCGUCGUCGUUGGCGGCUGCCCAGCUUGCAGAGUUGGUGUAUUGGAAGACACUUUCACCUGUCUCGGUGUCUUUUGUGCCAUCGUAUUCUUUCCUAUUGGAAUUCUCUUCUGUCUUGCAUUGAGGCAACGAAGAUGUCCUAACUGCGGGGCAACAUUUGGUUAAGGGAUCAACACAAAUAGGCUUUUUGGAAGCUGUAACUAUUGUAGUACCUUUUUCUAAUGUAAAUGUCAUGUACAAUCAAGUUUAUGCUUCCGAGAUGAUUUUGUAAAAGUGUGAUGAAAUUAGUCUGUCUCUUUCUCUUCUCUUGCAUGUGAAACUGAUCUAUGAGCAUGUGUGUGUGUGUGUGUGUGUGUGUGUGUGUGUGUGUGUAAGACACAAAUCCACCCCCAACCUGCCGCUUUGUGUUUAAAAUGCACCUUUUGGAAAUUUAAAUAAAAGUGGGUUUUUGCAACUUCACUGGGGCCCAGCUCUUUCUUCUAAAGAGAAUUAAAAUUUAGUAACGCCAGUGCAAAGGUUAACCACCAGGUAGACUUGUUCCAUUAGGCAUCUUUGCCUAAUAAAUGCAGUCUGAACUCACCACCAAGCCACCAAUUUCAUCUCCACCUUUAUUUAAUUUGAAAUUUAUAGUUGGCUCUUCAGCUGUUCUCAAAGCAGGUUACAAUUAAAACACAAAUUUGUUUCCUGCAACUUGUUUUUUUUUUAUGAAAAAUAUAGCAUGAAUACAACACAGUUUAUGCAUUACACACAUACAUUUGUGUCUCAGCAUCACCAUACCUAAACGCUACUUCUGGGAAUACAGGGGUGCAAGUACUCUGUUUGCACCUUGCUUAGACUCUGCCCCUCUAUGAACCAACAGCCUCCAAAUCCCACAAACUGGUUUAACAUGUGAAGUGUGUCAGGAAUGCUUUGAACUAGGGGAGUCAGCUGGUUUGCCCUUAAUUCACAUGUGAAAUGCACACAUCUCAUGGGUAGCAUUACAAGUUCUAACACAAUGCUUGACAUGUGCCGCAUCUUUGGAUAUACUUGACAGAACUUGAACAAGGUACCACUAGUUACAUUUAUUUGACCAGCACAUUAUCUUAAGCAACUGCCUUGCUCCAAACACUGCUUCUUAGAUGUCCAGCCUUAUAUGUACCCCAUGUUUGUGAUGUUAUCAGUGCUGCACAUAUUCCAGAGGACACACAUCCCCUUUCUAAAUCUAGGCUAAGAUCUGCUGGCUCGGAGCUUGGCUUCUGGAAAGGGGACAGGGAGUGUGUGCUUCACACUCUUAAUAUUUAAUAAAAACCCUAAUAUCUAUGCCAGGGGUAGGCAACCUAAGGCCCGGAGGCCAGAUGCGGCCGAAAUGCCUUCUAAAUCUGGCCCGCGGACGGUCCGGGAAUCAGCAAGUAGAAUGUGUCCUUUUAUUUAAAAUGCAUCUCUGGGUUAUUUGUGGAGCAUAGGAAUUCAUUCAUUCCCCACCCCCCACCCCAAAUAUAGUCCAGCCACCACACGGUCUGAGGGAUGGUGGACUGGCCCAUGGUUGAAAAAGGUUGCUGACCCCUGAUCUAUGCCAAUGAAGGUUGUAGACUUCAGCAUGGAAGUUCAGAGCAGUGAAAAAUACAUGCACGCACAUUCAUGCUUGUGGACAGCUGGUUCUGAUCUAAAACUCAAGAGAUUUAGUUAGUCCCUGCAGAUAUAAAAUCUGCUUGCCCUCAACCAAGCAGCCAAUGUGAUGCUUUCCAGAGCAUAUUGGCCUCAGCCAGCAUAAACUACAGCACUUCCAAACCCUGAUGGUUGGGUAACAACUUCUGGAAAGCACCUUAUUGGCUAGCCCUGCUCUGAAUGGCUACCCCAGUACCAGGAGCAAAACACGACAUGAACUACAGCUGGAAGUUAUGCCACAACUAUGAACAGAAGGCCUCCAGUACCUGCUGGGAUGCUUCUGCUAGUAAAGGUAAAGAGACCCCUGACCAGUCGUGACUGACUCUGGGGUUGCGGUGCUUAUCUCGCGUUAUUGGCCGAGGGAGCCGACGUACAGCUUCCAGGUCAUGUGUUAUUACCUCCGCUUCGG